AUGGUCAUUGAUACGGUUAUUUGGUUGCGCCCCUAUGAACUCAUUCACCAGGAACUGAUUCUGGGAUUCACUGUUUUGGUGAUUACUUGGGCACUUUUCUCCGAGCAGAUCUCGUCGUUGUAUGCGCGGGUUCUAAAAAUUGUAUACAAGCAGGUUUUGAGCCGAGAUUUUCUUUCGAUGCUGCCCCGGUCACAGCUGCCCGCACCACUUUUGGGCUGCGAGACGUCUGGCUCGCAGCGCAACUGGCUCAUUGCGCAGCUACUUCACAUGUUUCUCGCGGCAAGCAAUAAAACAGACAAACCACGCCCGAGAUCAUCACGCGAAAUCAGUGAUGCGCUCUCCAGUGACGAGUUCCAGGGGUUCAGCGACUCGGAAAUGGAGCUGGAUUCGCAGUGCGAGUGGCCGGGACUAUUUCCCGACUCUAACUCGAUAUAG